AUGACCAGCUACAACUACAUGGGUAUUGGGUCUUUCAGCGAUUAUUCAGAGGACAAUCGAAGCCCUCUCAGAUCUCAUGGUUGUUGUUCUCCAUCUGCAGGACAGGCGUUGUUCGUCCUCCUGUUGACGUCGGUGAUCUCCCUCCUGGGGGGACUGAUAUUUGGGUAUGAACUUGGAAUCAUCUCAGGGGCCCUGUUGCAGCUGCAGGUGGACUUCCAUCUUCGCUGUAUUGAGCAAGAAGUCCUGGUGAGUUCCUUACUCAUUGGAGCUCUCUUGGCUUCUUUGAUCGGAGGAGUCUUUAUCGACCGGCAGGGAAGACGGAAAGCAAUAUUGGUCAGCAAUGCAGUUUUGCUGUGUGGCAGUCUCAUCCUGACAUUUGCUGGGUCGCUGAUUUGGCUGGUAGGUGGGCGCCUGACAGUAGGUUUUGCCAUCUCUUUAUCAUCUAUGGCAUGCUGCAUAUAUGUCUCUGAAAUGGUGGCUGCCCAUCAGCGAGGGCUCUUGGUAUCCCUCUAUGAAGUUGGCAUCACCAUGGGCAUCUUACUUUCAUAUGCACUGAAUUACAUCUUUACUGACACACCUGAGGGAUGGCGAUACAUGUUUGGCCUGGCUAUUGGCCUGGCCGUCAUUCAGUUUCUCUGUAUCCUGUUCCUCCCCAAGAACUCUAGGACUUGCAAUGUACACUACAGUGUGACUCACAAUAACCUCAUUCAGCCUCAUAACAGUGAAGAUGGUGAAGACCUAAUGCUGCCAUGCCCCAUGGAGAAGCAUUAUUCUUUUGUAGAUCUUUUCAGUUCAAAGGACAAUAUGAGAAGCAGGACUUUGGUUGGUCUAGGAUUGGUCCUCUUUCAACAGUUCACUGGACAGCCCAACGCCCUUUGUUAUGCUUCUACUAUUUUCCGUUCUGUGGGAUUUCAGACCAAUUCCUCUGCUGUCCUAGCCUCUCUUGGCCUAGGGGUGAUGAAGGUUAUCGCAACUCUCUUUGCCAUGGCUUUUGCAGACAAGGUUGGCCGAAGGGUGUUGUUGAUGGCUGGAUGUUUGGUGAUGGCUCUUUCAGUGAUGGUUAUUGGCCUGACCAGCUGCUCUGUUCCAUUAGAGAUGGCAAAAGACUGUGAAACACUCAUAGAUUCAAGCAAUGCUUCCUUCAGUUCCUCUCAUCUCCACAUAAAUUCUGUGUCUCCCCAACCAGCUGCUUCCUAUUUCUUACUGACAUCAGAUACCAGUGAAAUACGAGUUGAUUCAACUUUUGCUAUCAUGGAACCAGCAGUCAAUGCCGAAACAUUUACCAGUAAUAAAAGUGGAGAAAAAAGGGCAACCAUUCCAUCAGAAACUGAGCAAACCGAAUUUCUCACCCAGUCAGUGGAAGAAAAGGAACAGGAAACCAAUUCUUCAAUCAGUGCGGCUUCUUCCAGGGGACAUAUGCUCCUGAAUUGGAUUACACUGCUAAGCUUGAUGGCCUUUGUGAGUGCAUUCUCAAUUGGAUUUGGACCAAUGACAUGGCUUGUCCUCAGUGAGAUCUAUCCAGCUAGCAUACGAGGAAGAGCUUUUGCAUUCUGCAAUAGUUUCAACUGGGCUGCCAAUUUACUGAUCAGUCUUACGUUCCUUGACAUCAUUGAUGUCAUAGGCUUAUCAUGGACCUUCCUUUUCUAUGGACUGGUGGGAAUGGCAGCUGUACUAUUUAUUUAUUUAUUUGUACCAGAAACCAAAGGACAGUCUCUGGAAGAGAUAGACCAUCAGUUCUCAAAGAAGCGGUUGCUACAAAGGAAUACAUGCUGGCAAAAAAUAUGGAACAGAAGACAAAUCUAUACACGUGCUCAGUAUCAAAGAGUAGACCUUUCUAAUACUUCCUAAAAGAGGAGUCAUCAUUCAUGACAUGUCACGAUGCUUAUUUAUAUCAUGCCAGAAGUUUUAUGGUGGCUUGUCCAAAGGAAGAAGUUCUGGAACAUUUGAUGAAAAUCCUGCAUUUAUGCGGGUGGCAGUAUAAUUCCUUUUUAUAAAUAUGCAUAUUUUGUUAUGCAUAGAAUCUAACAUCCUGGCCUCUGGAGGAAUCACAUCUGAUAUUUUCAUGUAUUUUAGAAAUAUUUGAUAAAUAAAAUAUAAAUUAAAGACA